ACAAUCAUGGCAGCAUCAGUAUUGGGCAAGCGCGCUCGUAAUGGCGCCGAUUCGGAAGGCCUGCCUGUGCGAACGGCGAGCAGACGCCGGACCGCGGCCCCUCGUGCUCGCAUUGAGGAUGCGCCCGCUACUAAGACGAUCCCUCGUACUCGAUCACGCGCCAAACUCGCACCAAAUGCCUCAGAUCAAGAGAAUGGUGAUCUUGUCAACGUCGCCGAGAAGACACUCUCGAAACACACAAUUCGGGAGGAGCAGGAUGGGUCACCGUCAAAGAUCAACGCGCAUUUCCGUACCUCAAAGCUAGUCAAGGAGGAAAUAACCCUUCCAGUUGAAUUCAAGACACCUCAAAAGGCUCGCUUUCGUGAUGCUUUGCAGGAUUCGCCUUCCACCCCGCGUCACCGAGUUCAGGUCGGCACAAAGGCAGUGACACCGAGAACUCCUCGUCAUGCCGACCUCCUUCCAACUCCGCGACAUAGUGCGACUCCAUCUACUGCGCAGACUGUGUACUCUCAAGCAAGGCAGCUGUUUGCCCGAGGAUCCAACGCAGGACGAUUGGUCGGCAGAGAUUCGGAACGAGAGAAAUUGACCACAUUUAUACAUGACUGUGUUAAAUCUCACCGAGGUGGCUGUCUUUAUAUCAGUGGGCCACCUGGGACGGGCAAGAGUGCAAUGGUCAACGAAGUGUGCCGGGACUUGGACUUGUCGACGGCGAAGGUCUCCCACGUCAAUUGUGUGAGCAUGCGUAAUGCGCGUGAUGUCUUUAGCAAACUUGUUCAGGACUUCGAUGAAGGGUCGGAUGUCUUCAAAAAGAGCGAAGCGGACCGGUUGAAGUCCAUAUUCUUGCCGUCGAAACCUAAUGGCCUGUACCUGGUUUCGCUUGACGAAAUGGACCACUUGCUUACAGGUGACGCGGAUGUUCUGCAAACCCUGUUCGAGUGGUCGCUGUCAAGCCAAUCGUCUCUGAUUUUGAUUGGUAUUGCCAAUGCCUUGGAUCUGACUGAUCGCUCUCUGCCUCAACUUAAAGCGAAGAACUUGAGACCGGUUCUCCUGCCGUUCCUACCAUACAACUCCUCAUCAAUUGCCGAAGUCAUUACAAACAGACUCCGGUCGUUAAUGCCUCCCGCUGCGAAAGAUAACGAUCCGAAAUUUGUUCCCUUUUUGCAACCAGCUGCUAUUCAGCUCUGUGCAAAGAAAGUUGCGUCGCAGACCGGCGACCUUCGAAAAGCAUUCGAACUCAUCAAACGGGCCAUUGACACUAUCGAGCAGGAGACUCAACAGAAGCUUGAAAAACAAAACUCCGAGUCCAACAGCGCAAUUCUGAUAGAAAACGCGAAUCUAUCAUCACCAACUAACAGUGCACAUGUCCCGCGGCCAUCAACAAUGUCAAGCUACACUGUUCUUACUGCGCCUCGAGCGAGUAUCGCUCAUAUUGCCCGCAUUACAAGCUCUGCAUUUGGUCAAGGCACAGUACAACGACUGAAAGGUCUCAAUUUGCAGCAGAAGGCGGCGAUUUGUGCAUUGGUAACACUAGAGCGAAGACGUCGCGAGGUCGACGUUAUGUGCACACCAUCCAGGUCUCGAGGCUCCGCGCCGACUGUCAAGCAGGCAUUUGACACAUACUGUGCUCUUUGCCGAAACGACAACAUUCUGCAUCCCUUGACAUCAACUGAGUUCAAAGAUGUAUUGAGUAAUCUCGAGACCAUGGGCCUUGUGGGGGAAUAUCAAGGUCGCGGUCAAGGCGGUACCCUAGGCGGCGGAUCGGCUGUUCGCCGCACUCCUUCCAAGUCAGGAAACAUUGUGUCGACGCCCCAUAGAGGCUUAGACGAGCAAGGUCUCGUCUGUUUCGUGUCCCAGUCUGAAAUCGAGAGUCAGAUCGUGGGUCCCGGAGAAGGAAUCCUGAGACGCCUGCUCCGUGGUGAGGGGCUCUGA